CGGCUGGAGCCUUUCACAUCCUCCGUCCUUCUCAUUCAACAAGUUUCCGACGGCAAACAAUUUAUGCUAAAGCUAAAUGACCGUAGACUGGGCCAUCAUCACAGCCUCAAUAUGGAGGAUGGCAAGUUCCCGUGGACGACGGCUCUUGAAGAGCAUCUACGAGCAGCCGUGAAGGCAUAUCGUUUAUUGCGCCGACUACAGGGUCGUCUCAUUCUCCGCUUCUACGGUCUCGUCCAUCUCCCUAUUUCUUCCUCCCAGCCUCUUCACCCAAUCUCGAAUUACAUUCCCUGCCUCAUUAUCGAGUACAUCCAAGGUGUGAGGAUGGGCUCGCUCAAACCCGGUGUUGAUAUCCCUCGACCGGAGGCAGAAGCGCUUGCUGACCUUGUUAUGGACACCUUCCGGACGAUGAAGGCAGAGAAAUUUGUCCCCGGUCCUUAUUGACUUUGGAUAGGCCUUGACGAGGAAACCAGGGAUGAGCGAUGAGGAGCGGGAGAAUU